CUAUUGUUGGUCACCGGCUACCAUAGGACAGUAUCUCCUAACGUUGCUCCACUGCUUUGUGGGUUACACCUUAAGGACAAAGGGUCGGGACGUGGCCCCUUUAGAAACCACCCGCUUCGGUUGGGGCACUCGGGUAGUAUCCUAGUCCACGCAAACCAGUGAUAAUUACUACUGGGAAAAUUACUUUUACUUCAACGCUCAUUCAGACCAAUCAUUCUAUAAAAUUCGCUUCCAUUUCUUUUAUACUACGCCAAUUAUGUAUUCCCCUUUAUCCUCAUUUUCCGUGUAUCACUUUUCAACUUAUACAGUAGCUCACCUAUGGUUGAAACCCUGUCCUCUCUAAGCGAUCUCAAGUCACUGACUGGUCGAAAAUUAAAUGCUACCAAUAAAUACGAAUUAUGAACCAGUCUUUCUGAAACCAAAUGUGCAUCUGUCUGGAUUUGCUGACGUUAGUGUCACACUAAGCGAUGGAACUGAAGCAGCACUAAUCAACUGGAUCCCCACUAACAGUCGACUAUGUAAUUUCAGACUAGAAAGCUCCAUCAAAUUGAGAAGAAAUCGGUGUGAUGAAGGAUAUCCUGCUGUCAUCUCUACCUAAGCUCUAAUUGAUUACAGUCCGAAUGGGAUCAAGCUCUUUUGCCACCAGUUAACUGUUCUACAAAAAGUGCGUUCGAUAGAUAUUGCAGUACUAGCCGGAGACUUGAAUGCUCAGACGAGAGUCGUUUAUGUGGCUGAUGGGAAUUUUUGGUCAUAGGUUAGAUAACGGGGACUGUCCACUGCAACUUUGCGCAAACUAAAACCCGUUUCCGGCUAACAUUAACUAUCGGUACAGCUAUUGCCGAUGUUUUUCCUGGUACUCUCUCUCUCUCUGCAUCUCAAGCUUCAACUCAAAAUAAACGUUGCGAUCAGCUACCGCUGGCAUGGUUGUGUACAAAAAUGCCUCUCUUUUCGGAGUAAUUAUCUGAACUUUGAUCAUGUCCUUGCCUGCACUAAUCUUAUGUCGCGUUUUAGUAGCCAACAAAUUCAUCGCUGUAAACAGAUCGAUGUCAGCAAAUUGGUUGCAGCAUCCGUUGAAACUAAAUAUCAAACCGAGCUAGGUUAAAGGCUAGUUAUCCACCCACCAAGAGAUAAUGAUGGACAUUGGCUUCGAUUGCAUGGUUCCACGGAGAUGGUUAGUAAUCUUUCUUGCGACUUUGCAAGAAUGGGUUUACGUCACCUAUGCAACAACUCAGCGAUAUUUCAAUUAGUGUCACUAUCUUGAAGCAUGGACUUUGGUGGCUUCCAUUGUUCGUUCAUUAAUCCCUGGUUGGUCUCAUAGAGAUGACGCAACACCUGCUUGGGACAUUAUUAGAUAUGGUUUGAAAUGGAAGCCAGUGGCAAUCUUGCUGUAAUCUUCUUUGUACGAGCGAGAGGAGCUUUAACUGAAAGAAUCCUUUCUGAUUGUAUUUUUCUUAACUGAACUUCUUCUCCCAUUAUUAGUAUUUUGGUGAUUAUUGUUGUUCCACUCUCAUACACUAAUUUCUAUCCAUCUUUGUUCUUUUUUUAUUAUACUAACCCUCCAUUCUUUAUUUCUUCAUAACCGCAUUUUUAUUGUGUCGCGCAUAUAUAUAUAUAUAUAUAUAUUGGUACCCCUUCAUACCAAUUUUUUGUAUAAAUAAGUAAAGAGUGCAUCGUGAUGUCUUCUGGUAAUUAUGCUGCUCCUCUCCAUAAAUUAGAAUUAAUAACCCCUAUAGUUUCUCACGUGGCCCAGACAACCAAUUAUUUAGUAAGUCCCAGACAAAAGAAGAAAUUUUCAAGUCUCAAAUAUCUCGAAAUUUAUUCGUUCUACUGAAAAUCUUUUACUGUGUAUUCGAUUUUUAGACUACUGUUAUGAAGAAAGCUCCGUACGACAAAAAUGCUCCAAGGCGACCUCUUUCAGCAUUUAUGUUGUUCAUGAAAAAGCGCAGACAAGAAUCAGAAUAUAUUGCUUCGCAGUCAUUUUCAGAUAGAAAUCGUAUUAUUGCUACUGAAUGGGCUGCUCUAUCUGCUGAAGAGAAACAAGUAUAUACUGACCAAGCUGCCGAAGAUCGUGAGUUAUACAAAAAAUUGUUUGCUGAAUACAAAACUACUGAUAAUUACAAGAAAUGGUUAGCUUCCAAUGAAACGGUCAAUGCGAACGGGCCCAAAGCUGGAUGUAAACGACCAGUAAAACAAAUAUCACAUACUAAAAACAAUGACAUAGAAGCAGAUUGCAAAAUUUCAAUAUUUACUCAUGAAUUUCUGGAAUACAACAGACUUCGUGAAGUUAUCUUGCGUCAAUUGAAGAAACACGUAUCACAACUUGAAGAAGAAACCGCUCUACUAAGUAAACAUGUGGAAAAUCUUGUAAAUGCUGAAAAUCGGACAAAAAAUCAAAUUAAUACAACGAAGGAAUUACUAACCAAUGAAGAAAAUUUAUUGAAACAGCUAUGUAAAGAGUUAACAGUUGCUUUAAGCGAUGUCACUUUAUCCAAUAAUACAUCUGAUAUAAGUUUAAAAGGAAUUGAACGUAUUACAGAAACUAGUGUGGAAUCUUUUCUUUCAAAAUUAGAAUCAUUAAAAAAUUCUUCAUCUUAUAUAGAAUUAUCAUCAAAAAUUAUACAAUCUAUUCGUUUAGCUUGUCAAAAGAAAAUAAUUAAAUUAUUAAUUUAUGAAAUAAAUUAA